AUGGCGACUCGAAGAAUUGCUACCGCAGAGAAGACAUUGAUAGAUCGGGACGAUGUCAACUCGGGAGCGAAAUCAGACAUCACGCCAGCAGUGCCUUCAUCGGUCAUCGUCAAGCUCCUUACCUUCACAUUCGCUAUGGUCACACUACCAAUCGGAAGCUACUUCGCGACUGUGAACGUGUUGUUUGGAGGUAACUCCACGUAUGCUGGAGCCCUUGCCGCUAUCAUGGCAAAUGUAGUGCUCAUGGGCUAUAUCAUUGUUGCAUUCAAUGAUGAUAAGAGUGAGAGGGAGGCAGAGAACGAGAAGAAGGCCCGCUAA